CCGCGCCCAGAAUCCUCCGCGGGGCAAGAUGGCCGCGCCGGGAGCGGAAGCCGAGGUGCGACACUGAACACUCCAUGCCUGCGGGCGCGGGGAGGCGUGGCCUCCCCCCGGGCCGCCACCUCUGCUGGUUGCUCUGCGCUUUCACCUUAAAGCUCUGCCAGGCAGAGGCUCCCGUGCGGGAGGAGAAGCUGUCAGUGAGCACCUCAAAUUUGCCAUGUUGGCUGGCAGAGGAGUUUGUGGUAGCAGAAGAAUGUGCUCCGUGUUCUAGUUUUCAGGCUAAAACUACCCCUGAGUGUGGACCUACAGGGUAUGUGGAGAAAAUCACAUGCAGUUCAUCUAAGAGGAAUGAGUUCAAAAGCUGCCGCUCAGCUCUGAUGGAACAACAUUUAUUCUGGAAAUUUGAAGGGGCUGUCGUGAGUGUGGCCUUGGUUUUUGCUUGCCUUGUCAUCAUUCGUCAGCGACAGCUGGACAGAAAGGCUCUGGAAAAGGUCCGGAAGCAAAUCGAAUCCAUAUAGCUGCCUUCUGCCUUUUUAUAUGGAUCUUAAGAGACUGUACCUCAGAUAAAGUAGAAUGGACUAACUUAUGCCUCUGGUUCUUUGGGACCUUGUAGAGGCACUCCCUCUCUCCCAUCAUCCUCACUGAGAUCAUUGAUGAGCAGAAUAAAAGGAGUAAAAUAACUGCCUUCCCUACUGUAAUUUACAGGAUAUCAGUUUACCAAGUGUCUUCUCCCUCAUCUACUUAUUUAAAACUUCUGAGAUAUAAUAAUGCCAGUAAAGAAGUUUAUUUCUCGGCCCAAACUUCUGUUUCCCCUCAACCCUAUUACUAAAGAAGAAAUAAAAUCACAGAGACAUAACAAAAAUAUCUGA